AUGCAGCUCUUUCGGAAGCGACAGAAGCAACAACAUGAGACAAUUGCUGCGUUCGACGGUGGUGAGGAAGAUGUGCCCAUGACGGAGCGGCCCGCCACUGUUCCACUGAGCACACCAUCCAAAGAGGGACCCUCAUCAGCGACAGCAGUAGAAACUGUAACAAUGUUACCUGCGGCCGAUACUGGAGAGGUAGCAACCCCAGAGACUGAGGAGCUCCUGCGGUUGGGGGCGUCUGAAGCUGUGACGCACGCACGACGUGGCUUUGUUAUGGCCUUUGAAAACGUUUGCAUGGAGACGCGGUCAUCCUUCUUUCGGCCACCGCGUGCUCUCCUGCGCAAUGUGUCUGGUUAUCUCCUUCCUGACACCAUUACCAUUGUGAUGUGCACAGAUCCACUGUGCUCGCGCAAGAUGCUUGAGAUAUUAGCUGGGGUUGAGGAGAGAGCGAGUGGAUCGGUCAUGGCGAAUGCGCUUCCAGUCGUCUCUACCGCGUUUCGGCGACGCGUUGCCCUCAUCACCUCUACUGAGGUCUGUUCAAGGGAUGCGACCGUGCGCAGUAACCUUUUGUUUUCUGUGCGGAUGCGGGUCGAUACGGAGCAUGAGGAGCACAUAGUGAGGGAAGCCGCCCAGGCGGUGCAUUUGCAGCAGCUGCUUGACGUCAAGACGGAGCAGCUGAGUCCUCCACAGCUUUAUCAGCUCGCUCUGGGCAUGGAGCUUGUACAGCGUCCGAUGCUGUUGGCGCUCGAUAGCCCGACGAGCAACCUCUCCACUGGAGAGACGCACGGCUUUGUUUCCGUGCUGCAGGGCCUUGUUAGUGGUAGUGGUCGACUUGUGGUGCUUUCAGCGACGGAAGUCCCACGAGCGCUUUAUGAGGCCGCAGACAACUUCCUGUUGCUGGGCUCGCAGGGAGAUCUGCUGUACUCGGGCCCAAAGACCGACUUGGAGGAGUUCUUCCGCGAGCAGGUUGGCAUACAAGACACAAGUGGUGAAUCAAUCGGUGAGCUGCUGGCGAUGCUGGAUGAAAAGAAUGAAUCCGCUCGCGUGGCAGGCGUGUUCGCGAGUGGUGUGUCGUAUCGUCGCAUUCGGCUGCAGGUCGAGGAGCAUCGAAAAAGCAUUGCAUCGAACAGUUUCGACCCUGUCCCGCGUGCUGCUGCGCUGACGCCCAAUUACUUCCGGCGUUGGUACAUGCUGACAACGUACACAUGUCGGCGUCUGACGAUUGGGCACCGCAGCUUUGUCAUUGCAUGGACAAUUCUCUUUCUUCUUUUUUUCUUAAUGGCCUCGCUGAUUGCAUGGUCUGGUAGUGACCAGAAUACAAUGCAGAACAAGAGAGGCGUUGUCUUUUUCCUUCUGUCGUCUGCGAUGCAGGCGAACAUUGUUCUGAUUGAUGCAGAGGUGAGAGAGUUCUUUUCAGCUGUGCAUCUCCGCAACAACAACUACUUCGACGCGAUGCAGUACUUCACGGCCACUGUGCUUCGUCUUGUUCUGCCGCGUGUCGUCUUUGCGGUGGUUGCGGUGGCGUGCACGCUAUUCCUGCUGACGUCGCCGCUCGCACUUGUGGUAAUAAUGGGGCUCAUGAGCCUCGCACAUGCCUCGCUGAUGUUGCUGCUCGUAUAUUGGCACCCAAUUGAGCAAGACCUGUGGUUCGUGCAUAGUUUGUACUACGGCUACUGCAUCAUAUUAAGCGGCUUCCUCAUAUGCCUGCCAACGGUGCCAAGAGUUUUUCCGGCCCUCUCGGUGUUGCGGUACGGCUACGGCGGUGUUGUGGCAUCUGAGCUGCGCGAUAAUCCCUACUCAUGCGACGCCAACGCGAGCACAUCGUACUGUUACACAGGCAAUCAAUACCUUGCAAUGGAGGGCUUCACCCACGACAGCUGGGGGAGGUCUUCACUGAUUCUCCUCAUCGUCUCUGUGGUGGGGCUUGCGCUCGUUGCGAUUAGUAUGAAACUUGUGUGGGUCCCGCAUAAGCGCUGA